UAAAAAGCUCCAUGAGCAUGAUCACUCCAUGCAAAGAGAUCACAAACCAUGGAAGACUUAGAGCAAUGUUUUGAAGAUCAAACCAAUAGGAGAAAUAGCGAAGCUCAUCAUGGAUAUUAUUUGUUUGGUGAAGAGAAGAACAAGUUCAGUGAUAAUAUUUUAUCUGAAGAGGAAUUAGCACUACGAAAAGAGAUCGAGAUCGAAAUAGAGAAUGAAUUGGAGGAGGAGAUCAAACAAGAACUUGGUCAUCUUGCUUUUCGGCUUCGAGGAUUGUAUCGGCACAAGAUGGCUAGGAUGAACAUAUGCCAAAAGAGGAGAACAAUCAAGCAAAGAGAAGGUCAUGGAGGUGAGAGUAAUAAGCAUUAG